UUCUAUUAGUUACGUUCGUAUAUAGUACUUAUCAAAUAUGGCCAGUAGUACUGAAUUAGGUGAUCAUGAUCAUGAUGACUACUUGAUCAAGAGAGUUUCAAUCACAGAAACCGUACUGGUUUCUUCAGCAUCAGCUUUGCAGCAGCCUCCAAAAGUUGUCAACCUCUCAAACCUGGACCGCCAAUGUCCGCUUUUUAUGUACUCAGUUUUCUUUUACAAAUGUCCCACCACCUCCUCUUCCGAUCGUAGUCGACUUUGGUCGCUUGAUUCAGUUUUUCAAAGCUUGAAGUCAGGCUUGGAAGAGACUUUAUCCAUCUGGUACCCGGCGGCAAGUAGGUUGAUCCUGACCAGCUCCACCGACGAUGACGACGUCAACCUUCAAUCUAAUGAUGUUGAUCCUGGUGGUCUUAACUUGUUGUGCAACAACAAAGGUGCUAUGCUUGCCAAGGCAGCCACAGUGGUUCAGAUAUCAGAGCUUGGCGACCUCUCUCAAUACAAUAAAUUCUUCGAAAACUUAGUUUACAAGCCUCCUCUCCCUUUGUUUGACGAUCAACAUGUUGAUCAUUUCUCUCAGAUGCCACUUGUUGCUGCUCAGGUGACCGAGUUUAGAUGCGGAGGAUACUCAAUUGGCAUUGGCAUCAGCCACUCUUUAUUUGAUGGACCAGCUGCAUAUGAGUUUAUGUGUGCAUGGGCUUCUAAUUCUGCCAUCAAACCAAAUCAAAACAAGUUAGACGUUGUAAUAGAUGAUGAGCUGCAGCCUAAACCAGUAGUACUGAUGCACGACAGAGACACCCUGUUGAGGAUGGUUGACAAUUAUUCAUGUCACGAUGACGAUGAAGAUAUUAGCUGUAGGGCUUCUGCCAUAGAUCACUUAUAUCAACUAAUGAUGCAAUCAGCAGCAGCAGUUGCUUCGACUGAUCCCCUGAUGGUCAAGAGUACUAGUAGCAAUGGUGAUACUAAUUAUGUUCACAAGACCUUUCAUUUGAGCAGUGUAUUCAUCAACUGUUUGAAGAAGCAGGCUGUUGGUGACAACUUCAUAUGUUCCUCUUUUGAGCUUGUAGCGUCUCACCUCUGGAAGGCGAAGACUUUGGCGUUAGGAUUGAGCAAGGAAACGAUGAAGGAAACAAUGGUGUGCCUGCAAUUUUCUGUGGACGCAAGGAACAAGGUGGACCCUCCACUUGCUCAAGGUUUCACCGGCAACGCUUAUGUUCUGGCCUCUGUUGCGCUGACUGCCUCACAAGUUGUUGACCAAUCAGACCACAAAGCUAUUGUUGACAAGAUAAGGGAGGCCAAGAAGUCUGUGACAAAUAAGUACGUCAAGUCAUACAUGAAGGCAGUUGCCGGUGGUGGAUCCCAGGAGACUUCUCUUCCUCCCCUCAAGGAGCUCACCUUAGUGUCUGAUUGGACUAGAAUGCCCUUCCACAAGGUUGGCUUCUUACAAGAAGAAGCAGAUUAUGCUUCUCCGUUGAUCGCUCCGGUGCCGGAGGUUAUUUAUUUCAUGCAGAAUCCGAAGGAUGACAAGGGCAUUGACAUGAGAAUUGGGUUGCUUCCGCAAUACCUCGAUGCCUUCACUCGCUAUUUCUUCGCCAAUACCAGUUGAAAUCUUCAGUUACUAUAUAUUGAGUGUUAAGUGAAACUCGGAAAUUGACAUUGUUAAUCAUGAGAAUUAAG